CUCAACGAUGUAUGAACAAGCCGUCCGUCUUGGUCAAGAACCUCCAGUAUUAUCAUUUUUAUUAAGACAAGCGCGUUGUUAUCUUGCUGCUAUGAACGCUUUGCAAUUGGUAGAUAAUGAUUAUAGAUGGAUAGUUCGACCAUUUUUUAAAAGAAAUUGUGAAGACAAGGAUUUUUGUUGGACUAAUAAAAAAAUUUUAGAUUCUAAUGAAAUUCUACGAUACAAAAUAGUUAACCAUUUAGAAAUUUUAGAAGUUAACGACAUAAAAAAAGAAUAUUUAUUAUGUGAAGCUCAACUUAAAAUCGUCCAACUAAAUUCAGAUAUAUGUACUUCAGCUCAACCAAAUCCAUCAGAGAUAAUAACUGUUUUAUCUAGAGUUGGCCUAUUUUCGAACGCUUUGGACAUCUGCGAAUCAUUUGAUUUAGACAAAACUUUUGUUUUAGAAACCUUAGCUGCUGAGUGUGCAAGAUCAUAUCGUUAUAAUAAUUUGAAAUCAUGGGACUGGCUUUAUCUAAAUGACAUUUCUGAUCUAAGCCUCUUAACUACUAGUCCACCUAACCUUGCUUGGAAUCUUCUACAAAGUUUGAUGGAGAAAUACGAAAAAAAAGACAAGAGUAGUUUAUAUAAAGGAGUGGCAAGACGUUUAUAUCAAAUGGGUUCAUUUAUUCCUUCAUGGCUUUUUCAAUCAUACGCAAAAGCUCUUGAUCUCAUCAUAGUGAUCAGCUACCGAGUUCGCAUUGAGGUGCGCUACGCGAAUUACAAGACGCAACGGACGACCAGUAGCAGCGGAGGACGGGGUUGCAUGUUAAACCAACCUCGCCAGAUCAGCCUUCGCGAGUCCAGUCUUUUGUUUGAAGAAAGAGCCUGUAAACAGUGUCAGGUAGGAUCUCAUAAAAACGAACGGUUGAGUCCAAUUGGGCCUCUGGCAGUAAGGUGCUUAGUUUUAGUUUGA